AUGGAUCUGAUAGUCAGGAAUACUUCAGUCGCUGACAUGUCAGAGGCAGCGGUUUUCAAACUCUACCACUAUGAUCCGACUAUCGCUGGCGCCAUUGUUUUCGUUUUCCUCUUUCUGGCGACCACUAUCCUUCACUUCUGGCAACUGAUACGAUCGCGUUGUUGGUUUUUGAUUCCUCUUGCAGUUGGAGGCGUUUUGCAAGUAAUUGGCUAUGCAGCCAGAGCCAAGUCCGGCCAGGAGAGUCCAAACUGGUCCCUUGGACCUUACAUCAUCCAGUCGAUUCUUCUUCUCGUAGCUCCUGCUUUGUAUGCAGCAACUGUGUACAUGGAGCUUGGCAGAAUCAUCACCGUCCUAGACGGAGAGGAGCAUUGUCUAAUCCGAAAAGAGUGGCUCACCAAGCUUUUCGUUGCGGGCGACGUAUUGUCCUUUUUUCUCCAAGGAGGAGGUGGGGGAUACCAAGCCUCGGGAACUCUCGACGCCCUCAAAGCCGGCGCCAAAGUGAUCAUUGUCGGCCUUUUCGUACAGCUUGUAUGCUUCGGCUUUUUCGUGGUGGUUGCGGUCGCUUUCCAUCGCGCCAUCAACAACUCUCCGACAGGACGAUCCAACAGCACCAUUCCAUGGAGGAAGCAUAUGACUGCCUUAUAUGUGGGAAGUUUCCUGAUUAUGGUCCGUUCCGUCUUCCGUGCCGCCGAGUAUCUCCAGGGGUUCGACGGCUACCUGCUUAAGCACGAAGCGUAUCUCUAUAUAUUUGACGCCUUGUUGAUGUUCUUGGUCAUGGUCUUGUUUAAUUGGAUUCACCCAGCUGAGAUUGGAGCGAUCCUGGCCGGAGGUGGUGGUGGCCAGCAUUGGAAGAUGGAUAGCUUGCCUCAACAUCACCACCACCAGCGUCUUUGA